UUAUUCCGACUAUGCUACAGUCACAUGGUUUGGGUAUCGCAUUGAGCCGCACAAAGCAGUGAUCAGCAGAUGAAUCAGAUACGGUCCAAUUGAAUGGUUGAUACUACUGCAUCUCGCUGCGGCUACUUCCCCAACAAAUGUUCCUUAUCCGGAACUCUUUAUAUCCUCCACCUCCAACGCUUGAACUGCUGCCCCUCUCGGUGAGCUCAGUCAUGCUCACAGAUGCCACGAUGAACGCUCUGCAUGAAGUCUUCCUCCACCAGUGCCUGCCUUCAUCCACCCCCCGCAUGAAUCCCGUCGCCCCCCAUGCCAUCGCCUACGGAUGCCGGAAUCCAGGUGUCCCGUCGCCACAGCGCCACCAGGUCGCGAGGGCUUCUUCAGGAACCCAAGCCUCCCGACCUCAAAUCCCAGAUUCCGGGGAGUCCCACUACGUGAAGCUCCUCAACAGGUCCUGCAAAGCUGGAAAGUUCAGCGAGUCGCUCUACUUCCUCGAGUACAUGGUGGGCAAAGGGUACAAGCCCGACGUGAUCCUCUGCACCAAGCUCAUCAAGGGAUUGUUUGGUUCGAGGAAGCUCGACAAGGCGGUCAGGGUGUUGGACAUCCUGGAAGCCCACGGCGAGCCCGACGUCUUUGCCUACAAUGCCCUAAUCAGCGGCUUUUGCAAGGCCAACCGCAUCGAGGCGGCCAUCGAGGUACUCGGCCGGAUGAAGAGCCGGGGCUGCCCGCCUGAUAUCGUGACGUACAACAUCCUCAUCGGCAGUCUUUGCAGCAGGGGGAAGCUGGAUCUGGCGUUGGAGGCUCUGGACCGGCUAUUGGACGACAAGUGCCAGCCGACGGUGAUCACGUUCACGAUUCUGAUAGAGGCGGCGUUGCUGCAAGGUGGAAUCGGCGACGCGAUGAAGCUUUUGGACGAGAUGGUGUCGCAGGGGCUUCGACCUGACAACUACACGUACAAUGCCAUCAUUCGCGGGAUGUGCAAGGAAGGGAUGGUGGACGCUGCCCAUGAGUUCCUGAAGAGCCUGCCGUCGAGAGGUUGCGACCCGGACGUGAUUUCGUACAACAUCUUGCUUCGUGGGUUGUUGAGUCGAAAGAGAUGGGAGGACGCAGAGAAGUUGAUCGGUGAAAUGCUUGAAAGAGGUCUGAAACCCAACAAUGUCACCUACAGUGUUUUGAUCAAUUCUCUGUGUCAUGAAGGCAAGGUUGAGAGAGCAAAGCAAUUGCUCAAGGACAUGAUCAGAAGGGGACUGAAGCCUGACGCUUAUAGCUAUGACCCGUUGAUCUCUGCUUAUUGCAAGGAUGGUAAAUUGGAUCUGGCUAUAGAGUUCAUGAACUAUAUGAUCUCUAAUGGUUGUCUACCAGAUAUAGUGAACUACAACACGAUCCUGUCGGCUCUCUGCAAGAGCGGAAAUCCAUAUCAGGCUUUGGAAGUUCUGGACAUGCUUGCUGAGACAGGCUGUUCCCCAAAUGUUAGCACAUAUAAUGUGAUCAUAGGAGGGCUUUGGAACAGCGGGAACCGUUCGAGGGCUCUCGAGAUGGUCUCGGAAAUGAUCAAUAAGGGAGUUGACCCUGAUGAGGUUACAUACAAUGUCCUGAUUUCGUGUUUGUGUAGGGAUGGGAUGGUAAAUGAGGCCAUUGGUCUGAUGAGGGAUAUGGAGAGUAGUGGUUUCCAGCCAAUGGUUAUCACAUACAAUACGGUUCUCCUCGGAUUGUGCAAGGUUCACAGGAUUGAUAUGGCAAUUAAUAUACUUGCGGAGAUGAUGGACAAAGGAUGUCGAACCAAUGAAACUACCUAUAUUAUUCUGGUUGAAGGUAUUGCUUAUGCUGGCCAUAAAGCUGAGGCCAUGGAAUUGGCUAAAGAUCUGGCCAUGAGAGAUGUCUUCUCCGAAGAUUCUUUGAAACGGUUGAAUCAAAAUUUUCCCAUUCUCGAUCUUUUCAAAGAGAUCCCCCAACCGGUUGAUUAGUGAUAACAACUGUUGCUUCUUCUAGCUAUUGUUUUCUUUUUUUUUUCUUUUUUUUUUGGAUUUGACCCACCAAAUGAUCAUGUGAGCCAUUUCCUCAUAGCAGUUGGAAGUUAAUUCUUCCUCUGUCACUGGAUGGCAGAAAAGUUCUGCUGCUGCCAAAGAUGGAAGUCUUGCUUUUUCUGUUCAUGCUAAUUUAAAGAAGGUACUACACUCUUUUGAAGGCAGUAGAGGAAAAUCUGAGCUGGAUACUUCUUGAAAUCAAAGACCGAGUUCUUGGAAUGAUGCGGCUGUCUUGUAAGAAUCUUAUCUUCCAAUAAUUAUAAGAUGCAUGAGAAGUCUAUGCUGAAUCUUGGUUGUUGAGCUGACAAGUAGUUAUCCAGAUGGCUUAUACAAAUGCACUGAAGAUUUCGGAAGACCACAGUCCAUAGUUCUGACAUGAUGCUUCCAUGAUUCUCGAUCAGCACACAAGGAUCUCUAUUAGGUUCUGGAGCUGCAAAGUCAACCUUGGUGAAAAAAGAAUAUGAAAUCCACUCUCAGAAAAUAUGCUGAAGCUGAAGUGUUAUUUGUUUUUACCCCAAAAUUUUUUGGGGAGCUUGGGGCUCAAAAUUCUGACUCUGCACAUAGUCUUAACCACUGUAGUCUCAGAAACGGUGAUAUAUGUCGAGUUAUGUAUAUUGUGUCGAUACAUUCGAACAUGCAACAAAUGUACUAACACUGUGUCAAGAUUCAUGAUGAUUGUCAACAAGUCACAAAUAUAUAUGCAAAACAUACUUCAUUUUCUCUU